ACUUGGGCAUCCAACCUUGUCAACUCAUAAGACCCCCACCAUACAUUCCAAAUGGAGGUUGAAGUGGUAUCCAAGGAAUUCAUAAAACCAUCUCGUCCCACACCAAACCACCUCAAAAUCCACAAGCUGUCCCUUCUUGAUCAGUUCUUUCCUAGCUUAUACAUUCCCUUGGUCCUUUACUACACCGUCAACGAAGCUGAAGAAGCCACCAGAAAAGCAAAACACAUACUACCACUUCUGAAGCAAUCUCUGUCCGAAACCCUAGCACUGUUCUAUCCCUUGGCGGGGAAGAUCAACGACGGCCUCUCCAUCGAGUGCGAUGACGAGGGCGCUCUCUUUGUCGAGGCCAGGGCCGAUUUCCCCCUACCGCUGCUUCUCCACCAGCCUGAUCUGGAAACGAUUGCGAAGCUCCUUCCCUGCCCCGCCGCAUGGGCAGAAGCAAAAGCAGGAGAUCGCGUGGUGAUGGUCCAAGCGACCGCCUUCGCCUGCGGCGGAGUUGCGGUCAGCGUGCUCAUUUCGCAUGCCGCCGCAGAUUGCGCCUCGUUCUCUACUUUCCUCAAAGGUUGGGCAGCCAUGGCCCGCAAAAGCGGCGGAGCUCCGCAUCCCAACUUCGAUGCAUCCUCGCGGUUCAUUCCAAGCAAAGGGCUCGCCGAAGAGGACUCCAUGUCAGCCAUUUAUCUCCCUUUUCUCAAAACAAGCAGGUGUGGUACGCGGAGAUUCGUAUUCGACUCAUCGGCCAUGGCAAGGCUCAAGGCCAAAGCAACCAACUCGCAAGUGCAGAACCCGACUCGAGUGGAAGUCGUCACGGCUUUAAUGCGCAAAUCGAUCGUGGCCGCAUUGAACAAGGUAUCCAACCUUGAAAAGCCUGUGGGCAUGAUCCUUCCCCUGAACAUCCGCCGGAGAGCCGUCCCGAGUUUCCCUGAUGACUCCACGGGGAAUUACGUAUGGGUCAUGACCGUGCUAUGCUCGCCUGAAGAGAAGGAUAACGGCCUGCCAGACCUCAUCAGCCGUUAUCGAGAAAUCAAGGACAAAGUAGACGGUCCAUUCGUGAAAGGUUUCGUAGGUGAUGGUGGAUCGGUCAUGCUAAGUAACGCCGUUAGGGAAAUUGGUGAGUCGUUCGCCGGCGUGCAAGAUCAAGUGACGAUCACGAGCUGGUGUAACUUCGAUCACUACGAAAUCGAUUUCGGCUGGGGGAGGCCGGCAUGGGUGAGCACGGUCGGGUUCACAGAGGAAAUGCAAAACAGGCCGACGGACUUCGUGACUCUACUGGACACGAAGUCGCGCAAAGGAGUCGAAGCAUGGGUUUUCAUGGGCGAGCAUGAGCUUCACGUACUCGAACAAAACGAGGAGCUUUUGGAGUUUGCUUCAAUAAAUCCAUCUACUCUACUGACGACCCAUGGUUAAAUAAGUGGGUUUUUAUUAUAUUACGUCUACUGCUUAAUAAAUAAUUUGGUUAAUACCACGAAAAAUUUCAAACUUGUACAUCUAUAACAAAUUUACCUUGAACUAAUUUUUUGACUAUCAAAAACCCCAAACUGGUACGCCUGUGACAAAUUUACCCUCCGUUAGUUUCUGUUAAAUUUUAUCGUUAAAUUACUGAGUUGGAUGACACGUGACAAUUGACAGGUGUACCAGUUUAGGACUUUACCCCUCUGUUUGUCACA